AUGACGGACUCGACCACCUCCCUGAACGGCUCCAUUCCAUCCAUCACCACCACCAUCUCCGCUCCCCCAGAACCCACAAAUUCUUCUCCCAUCUCCCGGGCUCUUUCUAAAGCUCGCAAGAAGAAAUCCUCCCAAAAUCUCGACAUUUCCGAGUUCCCAAACCAAUCCACUGCUUCUCUCUCUUCGAACGAAACCGGUUCAAUCAAGUCCUCUACAAGUUACAUUGAUAAACUGCGAAAACGUCGUGCUGAACGGAAAGAAAGGAAAGAGGCUGCUACAGCUCUUGAUAAUCUUCAGAAUGGGAAGAGGAGUCGGAGGAAUUCUGUUUCCGGUAGCUUUGAGAGUGAAGAGCAUGAGGACGAUAGCAUCAUAACCUUCGAACCAGGCCUCGUAGCUGCAGACCCCGCCUCCAAAUCCCUCGCCUCUACUCCCACCUUCCCAAUAAGCAUAUCUACCUCUUUCGAAGACCCUUCCCAAUCCUCGAGAACCACCCAGCUCCAAGUGACCCCAGAUGGUCGUCCCGUCCGUCGCUCUACCUCCCCAGUUCAUUCAUCAGGUUCUCGUGAUUCCUCUCCAUCUCCUGCAGGUGCAAACGGUCCAGCAACCCCAACAUUGGCAUCAGGAAUAGUUCUCGGCAAUAUCCUCGGCAUGAAGGGAAGACACCGUUCCGAUAGCUCCACGUCCAAUGCCUCAGGCGGCUCCGGUACGGAAGGCACUCCUAUCCCCCGCUCCGUUCCAAUCCUUCAACCGAAAUCCACCCCCUCAACUUCUAUCUCCACCGACGCGGCCGUAACAAUCACUAAACCCGACACGGUCGUCACACCUCCUACUCCGAUAGAGCCACCCAGCGCCCCUGUCUCAGCCGCAACAAAUAUAAUUUCCCGAAGAUCAAGAGGGGCAAGCAUCAGUAAGCUUCCCAGUAAGCUCUCACAUUCCUCGCUUCCAGAAGAGGGAGGCCUCGGCGUUGCGGGAAGUUACAAACCCCUUUCUCCGACUAUCGAAGUCCCCACUCCGCAAUCUACACCUACUGUCGGCACAAACGCAUCUUCUAAUAAUAAUAAUAAUAACCCCAACGGGGCCAAUAAUGCAUCUGGCUUCUUCUCUAACAUGUUCUCCGCCGCACAAACCGCUGCGUCGCAGUUAAGCAGUACUAUUGCCAACACUUCCCUCGCGCCGGGUGCGAAAGGGACAAAAAAGGAACAAGGAGGGACCACCACAAACGGGACAAUUCCAACACCAAACUCUGGAACUACAGGCGACAUUUCAACAUCUUCAGCUCCCGGUACACCUGGCAAGUCUAACUCUGAAGACAGAGAUCGUAAACCACUUGCAGUAGAAACACUAGGACAAGGGGAAUUAAGUCUAGGAUCUUUGGGAAUAUCAGUCAGCGACGGCAGCGGACGGGAACGAAAGCGGAGAAGUCGACCAAACAGCACUGCCGGCGUCGAAAUGCCCGAACCAGCGGUUCUACAUGGUCUCGGCCUGACAGGCGAGAAGGAAGAAGAGAUUGGACAAAUCCCCAAGAGUGCGGGAGGUUUCCUCAACGAAAAGAGCUUUGAUACAGUGAUCUACGAUAAGGGAAUCGGCUCCGCCACACCAUCUGUAGCAGCGCCUCUAGUCGAAGAAGGAGAGUCUGUAGGCUUAGGCAGACAACGAAGCGAUAGUGGACGAUCGGUACUAGGGCGUCACGGCAGCAAAAAGCGACGAGAACGAGGAAUCAGUGCUGCCACACAAGGCAGCGACUCGUUAACCUCCACACCCGCACUCAACGGCCGUACCGCUACAUUCGCACCGGCGACAACCAGACGGAAUCGUGACUUUCACAGUUUAUUCAAGACGGUCCCUCAAGAAGAUAAUUUUAUCGAAGACUAUGGAUGCGCUUUACAGAAGGAAAUCUUAUUGCAAGGGAGAAUGUAUGUUUCUUCGGGUCAUAUAUGCUUCUACUCCAACAUUUUUGGAUGGACGACUACUCUUGUCAUUUCGUUUGAUGAGAUUGUGGCAGUUGAACGGAGGAUGACAGCGUUGGUUAUCCCUAACGGGAUAAUGAUCCAAACUUUACACGCAAAGAACGUAUUCGCGUCGUUUAUCAGUAGAGAUUCAACAUACGAUUUAAUCCUUGGGAUAUGGAGAACCAUUCAUCCGAAUCUAGUUGAUACAAUAAACGGCACCCGACUCGGCGAUAAAGAAGAAGGAAUCAGUGAAGGUGCAGAAGAGGAUGACGAAGACGGGAGUGAAUACGACGAAGACGAUGAAUACGAUAGUCUUGGAGACGAAAGCGAUCUUGAGCUUCCAUCUGCUGCAGAGACACCAGUGGUUAAAAGUGUUUCUAAGAAAACAUCUACACCUGCUGUUGGCGGUGGUGUUGUUUCACCUGCUCCGGCUGGAGGUGUUGAUGCUGGAGCUGCGGAUGGGGUAUUCCCUGGACCUACCACACAUGCACCAACCGUCUGUGGAGACGAAGCUAGUCAUUUAGACCGUGCUUUAUGCGACGAAACUAUUGCGGCACCGCUUGGAAAGGUGUUUUCGGCCAUGUACGGUGAAUCAUCAUUACAAUUCCUUACCCGUCUACUUUCAGAAGACUGCAAAGUGGAGAAUCUGUCCAUUCCGGAUGCCAAGUUCAUUGAAAACGGAUCUGCGGAUUACCCUGGUAAGAAAUCUAGGAAUUUUUCGUACGUAAAGCCGUUGAAUGCGAGCAUUGGACCGAAGAGUACGAAGUGUUUGAUUACGGAAGUUGUGGAGCAGGAGGAUUUAGAGAAGGCGGUGACGGUGGUGACGUACACGCAGACACCGGAUGUGCCGAGCGGUGGGGUGUUUAAGGUACUCACGAGAACUUGUUUGAUGUGGGGGGAUGGGAAUGGGACGAGGGUUGUGAUGAAUUGUACGGUUGAGUGGAGCGGGAAGAGUUGGAUUAAAGGACCUAUCGAGAAGGGAGCUUCGGACGGACAGAUCUCUUAUACGAAGGAUUUAUUGAACGCCUUACGUCGGGAAUUUGCACCCAAAAAAGCUGUCGCAGCGGGUGGGAAAGGUGGGAAGAGGAAACGAAAGGCGGGUGGAGAUGCGGCUGCUGCUACCGCUGCUACUUCUGCACCUGUGAAGCCUUCUUCUUCCAGCGCGGCUCAGAAGUGGGGUAUGCUCGCGCCAGUUAUGGAACCCAUUUCCUCAAUGGUUGGAGAAUUUGGGGCGGGAAUAUUGGUUACACUUGUUGUUGUAAUGCUCAGUAUGAGUCUUAGCCGCGCGAUAUUUGGAGAUCCGUCUGCUGGUGGAAGAGAAAGAGGGUUAAGAAAGAGUGAGAGGGAAAUAUUGGCGGAGAUGUGGUUGAGAGAGGAAGCUGGGCUUUGGGAGUGGCUUGAGGAUAGAGCGGGAUUGGAGGAAGUUAUAUCACCAUUUGAGGAAAGGGUUGGAAGACGGUACGGAUGGGAAGCAGCGGCGAUGAAAGAGGGGAUUAAAAGACAAAGUGGGAAGGUUGAUAAAAGGAUGGCGGAUAGGAUGGUGGAGGAAGGAAUUAAAGUUACUGAAGAACGGUUGGGGGUUUUGAAGAGGGUUAAUGAGGAGAGGAAGGGGUGUACGUGUGGGAAUGGAGGGGUUUGCAGAUGCGAAGGGGGGUGUAAUUGCGCGAAGAACGACGCUGGUGGUUCCGGGUGUCAGUGUGGAAAGAAUGGGGGAAGUUGUCAAUGUGGGAAGAAUGGGGGAAGUUGUCAGUGUGGGAAGAAUGAUGCGGCCGGUGGUGCUGGGUGUCAAUGUGGAAAGAACGGAGGAAGUUGUCAGUGUGGAAAGGUUGGUGGGAAGGGAUGCGGGUGUAAGAAUGAUAGCGCGAGGGUGAUAGAACAGCAGCAGGAAGAGAAGAAGGGAGGGUGUGGGUGUAAGGCGAAGAAGGCAGUCGACGGGUGUGGGUGCAAAUCCGGGCAACUGUGUAGUUGUAAGGACUGCAAGUGUGGAGGAGGUAGUGGAGCGGAGAAGGUUCAAGUGAAGCAGGAGCUUUGA